CAAUAAUUAAACGCGGGUAAGUGCAGCUCCCAGGCCAGCCGUCUGAAGCUCGGUUGCUGGACUAUUGGGCUAUUGGUGGCCCCUUCCGUGUCCUGUAAUAUUCAUAUAUAACUAAUUAAGACCUACGUCCUUUUUCUUGUUCGUGGACCACUAAUUGAAUCUUUUUACCACUUAUUAGACGCCUCACUUGGACGCUGGUCGGUUCAGUUCACAUGGCCACCAACUCGACGUUGCAAGCGCCCCAACCAGCGUCCGAUAACGACGUCAUUUUUACACUGACAACGAGCAACCCGACGGCAAAAAGGGUAUGCGGGUAUACAGGCAACAAAAAUCGAGUGAAGAAACGUGAUGAUGGUGAAUUCGACAUUGUUGUCUCCCGCAACCAGCAAGCCCCCGCCAGGCCAGGAAUCCUUCUUUCAUUCGGCCACGACAAGUCUACAAACGACAUCGAACUAUUCUCUAACAGAAAUGAGCCCGGGCCCGUCAAUCAUUGCUGCUUUUUUCUCGCGCAGUCAGGGGAGCUCAUAUUCCGAGAUCUGGCGGAAGACAAGCGCACCAAAAUAAUAAUAGAUUAUCCUCAUUGUGAGCAAACUAUGACUCAGUUGAUCGAGUUUCGAAAGAGAGUGAAACGGCUGCUCGAGCUAGAUGAGAGCGCGGAGAUUCGCCAAGGCGUGAUCCCUACGAUUCAUUCCUCAAACUUUACAAAGAUCAGCAACGCAAAAAUUAUAAUCAAUCUGGGGGACCCGGAUGCAAAGUUUGAAUUCAAUUGGGGGCCAAUGGGAGAUUAUAAAGAAUUUAAGAAAGGCCUAAAAACUGAAGCCGACAAAUUAAAAUUCGAAUACACCAGCGGCAUCCUGAACGGAAUUCCAGAGAAAUUCUUUUGUUAUUCCCAACUCGGCCGGGGCGCGGCGGGGACGGUGUAUAAGGUGGUCGACAUGCUGAAUGGAAGGAUAAAGGCAAUCAAAGUCCGGAAUGACAUCCCAGCAUCACGGGCGAGCAAGGCGAGCGACCCAAAAUAUGAUGAAAAUGCCCGAAAAUGCUUUGAACAAGAGAUUGAGACAAUUAAAAAGCUGAAGUCUCACCCGCCGAAUGAACAUAUCAUUGGCUACACAAUUGACAACAUGAACAGGAUCUGGAUGCCUUGGUAUUCUGGCGGUUCUAUAAUGGAAAGGUUUCCGUUCUUGACUGAACGUUUUCUCCUGCCAAAUGGUACUAAUCGUCCGGAUAUGCAUGACGUAGAAUCAUGUGAAACAACGCUUCCAAUAAUCCCACCUUGGUCAGUUGACCUUGAAGUGGCCAUGUUCAGCGCCUUGAGCCACUUGAAGAAAUACAACAUUAUUCACCAUGACAUCAAUCCGAUGAACAUACUCUGCAAGGAUCUCGCCAAUGGCCGCAAGAAAUUUGUCCUUGCUGACUUUAGCUACAGUCAAAUUUCUGACCCCAAAAAAGGGGCCGCUGGCUGGCGAGAAAAUCCUGGCAGAUAUGAUUUUGCGCCCGAAACCACUCUGAAAUUCAAACGUCCGGCCGGAAACAGACUAGACGAGCUUAGGAAGGCCGUCUUGGCCCAGGUACCGAUCUUCCCGGCUAUGGAUAUAUAUUCGCUUGGCCACGUGUUUCUACAGAACUUCCGCUACACCUGUGGCAUGGAUUUUAUCAUGACUGAAGAGCAAUGGUGUAGGAGACUCGACUUUCUUAACCCCGGGCGGAAAAGCCUAGGAGCACGAGGAGAUUUCACAGAUCCAGUUAAAAAUGCCACAGAGGAUGAUGAUGAGUUUCGCAUCCGUCGUUGGCACAGCCGCAUUCGGUCGCUCAUAAAUAUUGGCUGCCUCCCACCAUUGCUUGCGAGAAUGCUCGCAUGGGAUCCCGCCGAACGAGUCUCCGUGGAAGAAUGCCUAGAUAAAAUCAAAGAGCCCCACAGUCGAGGCCACUCUGUCUUUCACCCUCUUCUAAACCUCAGGCCAGAGUCAAAACAGCGCGCGGCCCCUCAUACAGUCCUAGGAGGAUCUGGAGCGCUAUCUACACAUAUACUUGACAAGGGAAAAACCGCAGGCGUACCUACCGCACCGACACCAACGGGUGCCACUACAGCCAGUUACGGACCCGGCGGCGUUGUCGCCCAGACCCAGACCGGUCCAGUCGCACAUGGCAGGGAUGAUGGUAAGCGCGGAGCAUCGCCGCCGGCGCCAGGAAACCCAAACUCUGAUCACAAGAAGCAGCGUAUUGAUGAUACAGAAAAGCCACCGGCCUGAGCUGUAUGGCCUGCCAAAGUGACUUGUUAGAUUUUCUCUUUGUUUCUCGUUCGGAUUCAUUCUUGUUGGAUUCACCAGGGUACCGGUACUGGACUCAACAGGGCGUGGCUGCACGCCGAAAACUGGUGGUUCAAGUGAUGGAUUGUAGAUGUCUG